AGUGGCCAAGAAGCAAUGGAGAAUAAAAGUUUGGAAACUUCACCAUCAGACCUAAAGUUAGUGGCCCAUCCAAGAGCAAAGAGUAAAGUCUGGAAGUACUUUGGCUUUGAUACCAAUGCAGAGGGAUGUAUAUUACAGUGGAAGAAAAUUUACUGUCGUAUUUGCAUGGCACAGAUUGCCUAUUCAGGAAACACGUCCAACCUCUCUUAUCAUCUUGAAAAGAAUCAUCCUGAUGAAUUCUGUGAAUUUGUGAAAAGUAAUACUGAGCAAAUGCGGGAGGCCUUUGCAACUGCAUUUUCAAAACUCAAGCCAGAAUCAUCUCAGCAGGUUGUUCAGGAGACUUUAAUUAUGAAGACGAGUCACAACUAUGAGAACAAAAAGCAUCAGGAACUGACAUCUGCUGUGAUCAGUCUAGUAUGUGAGGGUUUGUAUCCUCCUUCUAUUGUAGAUGAACCCACCUUCAGGACUCUCCUGAGGACUGCUGACCCCCGAUAUGAACUUCCUUGCAGAAAGUAUUUCUGCACAAAAGCAAUUCCUGAAAAAUACAGUGCUGUUAGGGACAUUGUGCUAAAAGAACUCACUGAUAUCCUGUGGUGUGGUAUAUCCACUGACAUGUGGAGAAGUGAAAACCAGAAUAGAUCCUAUGUAACACUGUCAGUUCAUUUUCUCAGCAAUGGCUCAUCCAACUGCCUUGCUGUUAAUUCCAGGUGUUUAAAAACAUUUGAGGUGCCGGAAGAAAACACUGCAGAGACUAUAACACGAGUCCUUUACGAAAUAUUCAUUGAAUGGGGAAUAAAUACAAAAGUUUUUGGUGCCACGACAGAUUAUGGGAAAGACAUAGUGAAAGCUUGUUCUCUUUUGGACAUUCCAGUGCAGAUGCCUUGCUUGGGGAAGACUUUCAAUGCGGGGAUCCAGCAAGCUUUUCAGCUUCCUAAGCUGUCCAGUCUCCUGUCCAGGUGCCGUAAACUGGUAGAAUAUUUUCAGCAGUCUGCAGUAGCCAUGUACAUGUUGAGUGAGAAACAGAAGCAGCAAAACAGCGUGCACUGCAUGCUUGUGAGUGAUCGUGUUUCCUGGUGGGGAAGCACGCUUGCUAUGUUGCAGCGUCUUAAAGAGCAGCAGUUCACUAUUGCUGCUGUCCUUGUGGAGGACAGCAACAAUCACCAUCUCAUGUUGGAGGCCAGUGAAUGGAAUACAAUUGAAGUCUUGGUGGAGCUACUCCAGCCGUUCAAGCAGGUUGCUGAGAUGCUGUCUGCUUCCAAAUACCCAACCAUAAGUAUGGUGAAACCCCUCCUGCAUAUGCUGCUGAAUACAACAUUAAAUAUCAAGGAAAAUGACUUGAAAGAAAUUAGCAUGGCCAAGGAAGUGAUUGCCAAAGAAUUAGCUACAACAUACCAGCAUACACCUGAGAUAGAUAUGUUUCUUAAUGUUGCAACUUUCUUGGACCCAAGAUACAAGAAACUACCCUUUCUUUCUGCAUUUGAAAGGCAGCAGGUUGAAAACAGGGUGGUAGAGGAAGCCAAAAGCCUGCUAGAAAAAGUGAAAGAGAACACAUUCAGGCCCGAAGAACAGUUUUUUGCAGUUUCUGAAGAGCCACCAUUGAAAAAAGUGGCAGUUGCUUCCCCACCUCCCCCUACCAGUGCUAUUAAUAAUAUGCUUGCAGAGAUCUUCUGCCAGACGGGGGGUGUUGAAGACCAAGAGGAGUGGCAUGCACAAAUAAUUGAAGAACUGAGCAAUUUCAAGUCCCAAAAAGUCCUUGGGCUAAACGAGGAUCCACUAAAGUGGUGGUCUGACAGACUAGCUUUAUUUCCUGUUUUACCGAAGGUACUUCAGAAGUACUGGUGCAUUGUGGCCUCAAGAGUCUUCCCUGAGCGUCUUUUUGGCUCUUCUGCCAAUGUUGUUAGUGCUAAGAGGAACAGGCUGGCCCCAGCUCACGUAGACGAGCAGAUCUUUUUGUAUGAGAAUUCUCGUAAUGGGUCUGAAGCAGAACCUGAAGAAGAGGAUGAAGGGGAGUGGGGCUUGGAACAAGAACAGAGUAUUAAUUUAAGUGACACAGCAAAUAUAAACAAUUUCUUUAACAUGCGAGACAGUGGCUUCAUAUAAAUUGAAUAUAUCUGGUACAUUUUAAGCGUCAGAGAGUGCGUUUGUCUUAAAUUACCAAAUAUCAUUUCUCACGUUGGGAAACUGUCAAUAGUGAACGGAUGUCACAUAGCUUUCUUCAUACAUGUAUAUAUAUGUGAGUGCGUGUAGAAAUUAUGUA